CUGAUAGAGUACUGUUAGUUUUGUUGAAACAGUGUUCUACUGCGUGCCGUCUUCAAUCAGUACAGAUUACUUUCUUUAGAUAGCAUAGAAUGAAUAACAAGUGUAAUUAAACAUAUUAAAUAUCUAAAGACAAUUUCUAAAAAGAAUCCGUGGAUUUAUAAAAUCCAUUAAUUUCAUUUAAUAAGUGGUGAAAAUAUAUGUAAUAUGUAAUAGAAAAUCAGUGUAAUAUACAAUUGAGUAACAUAUUGGAAACUGCAAAAUCAAGUGGAUAAAAUCAAAAUGGCGAGCUACUUUGAAAUUCUACUCUCUAUCACAGUGAUACUUAUCGCAUUCUACUAUUAUGCUGUAUCAAACUUUGAUUUUUGGAAGAAACGUGGCGUAGUUGGACCAACGCCGAUACCAUUCUUUGGAAACACUAUGGAUUUAAUAUUUACUAACAUAUCAUUACGUCAUUAUAUACAAACCACGUACGAUCAAUAUAAAAAUGAACCAAUGAUCGGGUUUUAUUUAAUGAGGAAACCAAGUCUUAUAUUGAAUGAUCCAGAACUUAUCAAAGACGUUCUCAUUAGAGAUUUCUCAAACUUUGCAGACCGAGGAGCUCUUGUUCAUGAGAAGGUAGAGCCACUCUCAACACAUCUCUUCAACUUAGAAGCAGAAAGAUGGCGACCAUUGAGAGCGAGGCUCUCCCCCAUAUUUACAUCUGGGAAACUGAAAGAAAUGUUCUAUCUCAUAGUCGAAUGUUCGCAACAUUUGGAAAAAUAUUUGGCUACAGAGGUUGAAAAAGGAAAGCCUUUGGAAUGUCGAGAAUUAACAGCAAGAUUCAUGACUGACGUGAUUGGUAGUUGUGCCUUCGGAAUUGAAAUGAAUGCACUAGCAGACGAGAGGAGCGAAUUCCGUCAAAAGGGUAGAGACGUCUUCGAUGCAUCGUCUUUCGAAAACAUCUUUCGAAAUAAAAUGAGAGCAUUCUUCCCUAAACUGUACGAUUUGCUUGGUGAUAUAAUACCCGAAAGAAGAUUCUCCUCAUUUUUCACCAAAGCUGUUACAGACACUAUAAAAUACAGGCAAGAGAAUGACAUCGUUAGACCAGAUUUCAUCAACAUGCUUAUGGAACUUAAAGCGCAUCCAGAGAAACUGAACAAUAUCGAAUUGACGGACUCUUUACUGACUGCGCAAGCAUUCGUGUUCUUCCUCGCGGGUUUCGAAACCUCAUCGACGACGAUUAGCAAUGCUCUUUAUGAAUUAGCCGUAAAUCAAGAUAUACAAAAUAAACUACGAGAAGAAAUAAUGGAGUACUGCUCUAAAGACAAAGGAGAGUUGAAAUACGAGACUGUAAAAGAAAUGGAAUAUUUAGAUAAAGUAUUUAAAGAAACGUUAAGAAUGUACCCACCUGGAUCAUUACUAUUUCGAAAUGCAAUAUCAAACUACACUUUUGAUGGCACUAAGGUUUCAAUACCAAAAGGUACAACAAUCUGGAUCCCAGUGUUUGCCUUGCAACGAAAUUCUGAUAUUUAUCCAAAUCCUGAUUCUUUCGAUCCGGAAAGGUUCAAUGAAGACGCUGUUGCAGCUCGACAUCCCAUGCACUAUUUACCAUUCGGUGAUGGACCAAGAAAUUGCAUUGGUGCACGUUUCGCAAUUUAUCAAACCAAAAUUGGCCUUAUUGCAAUUCUACGGAAUUACAAAGUGGACGUUUGUGAAAAGACAAGCAUUCCUUACGAAUUUGAUCCAGCUGCGUUUUUAUUAACACCAAAAAAAGGGAUAUACUUGAAGUUCACAAAAGUACAAAGUUAAUGUAACUUAUUUGAAAUACUUUAAAUUGAAAAUAUUUUUCUGACAUUCAAAGAUGUCAGAACGUAGCUCAAGUAUGACGGAAAAUGAAAUACGAUCCUCUGAAGGGAAGAUAGGAGAUCAAUAUUUCGUAAAACGUUGAUAUUUUGCAAUUGUUCUUUGGUUUUGCGCGAAUUACGCAACAAACGUGCCCUGAUGGCACCACCGAUUUUGGUAGUGAAGCCGACAUGUCAACUGUCGAGAGAAGGGCUCAAUCACCCUUCCCUUGCUGCUCCUCUUAGUGCUGUAAUACGGCAAGGCUGAGCUCGGGACACUGACUGCGCAAUGAGUAAUGAGGUGUAGUCUUUGAUACGAAGCAAUCUACUAUUACCAUCAACGUGCGUUAGACUGUUGCAGUGCAAUGUACUUCACAUUUUUAUACUAAAGUAGAGCAGAUGAUGUUCGUUAUAAAGGCAGAAAUUUAAAACCACUUGAAAGCAAAGGGGUAUUUAGUCUUAUUGGAUCUGUAAUCUCUGCACUGGUGAAACUUCGAAGUUUCGAACCGCACAUACGAAGAGCAAACUAUCGUAUACACUGUAAUCCAUCGGUAUUCGAACAUCUGUAUAAUUAAAAUAUAUAAAAUUAAAUGGAAGAGAGUUUUAUCGACUA